AUGGAAGGCAGCAGCUCUUCAAAAUCCUCCACAGUCCAACAUGUUCGUCGCAAGUCGCUUCUAAGCAAAGCCCUCAAUAAUAUCAACAAAAAGGAUGUUUCUUUCCAUAUUCGUUCAAGUCCGACCCAUGGUGACAUAGUUGUCAAGGAAGAUUCAGAAAACCCAUCUGGGAAAUUUCCUAGGGAGGACCAGGAAUACCAAAUAGUCGAUGGAAUAGGAAGGGGCACAAAUUCCAUUGUCUAUCUCUCCAAGUGUUUAAGCAAUGUCAAAACAGUUGCCAUCAAAUGCCUGGAUAAAGAAAAAGUUGAUUGGAAUCGAGUGCGCUUCGAAGUACGAGCUCUAAUGCUGUUAUCCCAUGAUAACGUAUUGAACUAUUACAGUACUUUCAUGUCCAACAACUACAUUUGGCAGGUUAUGCCGUUCAUGGGUGGCGGCUCAUUGAAAACCCUAAUGGAGAAAGCUUACCCUGGUGGCCUAGAAGAGCCUAUUAUUGCAACUGUGCUCAAAGAUGUUCUCCAUGCCUUGGCUUAUAUUCACGGCGAAGGUCUAAUUCAUGGGGAUAUCAAGGCCGGGAACAUUUAUCUGGAUAGCGAUGGGAUUGUUAAAUUAGGAGACUUUGGAGCAUCUGUUAUGAUAAAUUCUUCAUCUGGGUAUGAUUUUAGGGCAGAUAUGUGGUGCUUUGGUGUUCUCGCCAUCGAGCUUGGCCAUGGCAGCCCUCCUUUGUAUUGCAAUCACUCAGAGAAAAUGAUUGAUCAUGUGAGAAAAGGAUCUGUUCCAAGAUUAGAUGAGAAGCGUAGAUUCUCCCUGGCUUUCAAAGAUGUUGUGGGUAUGUGCUUGGUGGAUGAUCCACGAGAAAGACCCACUGCGAGUUUGCUGCUUAAGCACCGAUUCUUUGAAAAACAUGCACAGACACCGCAGUAUGUUGUGGCCAAUUUGUUGGAUAAGUUGGUUCCCUUGGAGCAACAAAUCAAGAAGACGAGGAGAAAUGUGUUGUCAAGUGUUGGAAGCAAUAGGGAAGCUUGCAACGGCUCGAAGCUCUUUCUCUGGUUCAGUCGAACUCAGUUCGACCGAACUCAGUUCGACCGAACUCAGUUCGACCGAACUCAGUUCGACCGAACUCAGUUCGACCGAACUCAGUUCGACCGAACUCAGUUCGACCGAACUCAGUUCGACCGAACUCACCUAUGUGGCAGGUGA